AAUUGAUUCACAGCUUCAGACCUCUUUACUCUUCAAUAACAAUGGAUAGCCUUCUAUUUCCCUCCAUUUUCAUCUUGCUUGCUUCUUUUCUCUUGCCAGCUGUAGUCAAAAUAAUAGGUAAAAUGAAAACCAUAGAUUCGAACACGAAGCUGCCACCAGGACCAUGGAAAUUGCCCAUUAUAGGCAACCUCCAUCAGCUAGUGAAAUUCGGGUCCCAACCUCAUCAGAUUCUGAGAGAUUUGGCCAAUCAACAUGGACCCUUAAUGCACCUCCAGCUCGGUGAACUUUCCAACGUCGUCGUUUCAUCAGCAGAGAUGGCCAAAGAUGUCCUGAUAACAAAUGGUGUUGUCUUUGCUGGAAGACCUUAUGUGGCUGCUAUAGAUGCUGUUACUUAUGGUUCCAGGGACAUUUCCAUGGCACCCUACGGCAAUUACUGGAGACAUGUACGGAAAAUUUGUACGGUGGAGCUUUUAACAGCCAAAAGAGUGCAGUCGUUUGAAUCAAUCAGACAGGAAGAAGUUUCAGCACUUGUUAAAUAUAUGUCUUCAAACCAAGGCUCGCCAGUCAAUCUUAGCCAGCAGAUUUUUUCAUUGACAUAUAGGAUCACAUCUAAAGCAGCAUUCGGCAACACAAGCAAGGGCCAUGAAUCAUAUUCAGAUGUUGUGGAUAAAUUAGCAAAGCUGGGUUCUGGGUUUAGACUUGCAGACAUGUACCCAUCUUCUCGAGUGCUUCAACAUAUUAGUGGAUUGAAGCAGGAAGUUCGGGCUUUGUUUCAGAAGAGCGAUGAGAUACUUCAAGGCAUCAUUAAUGAACACAGGACCACACUGGAGACUGCAAAAACAGGUGAAGAAGAAGAAGCCAAAGAAGACUUGGUCACAGCUCUUUUGAAGAUCCAACAACAAGGCGGCCUUGAAUUUCCUCUAACUGACCAGGAAAUCAAAGCAAUCAUUUUAGAUAUCUUCGCUGGAGGGGGUGAAUCAUCAUCAACAACAGUAGAAUGGGCAAUGUCAGAAAUGGUGAGAAAUCCAAGGUUGUUAAAAAGGGCACAAAAUGAGGUAAGACAAAUCUGUCGUGAAAAAGGAUAUGUAGAUGAAGCAAGUAUUAAAGAACUAAAGUACUUGGCAUUAGUUAUCAAAGAAACCUUAAGGUUACACCCUCCAUUUCCUUUGUUACUUCCACGAGAAAGUCGAGAGGAUUGUGAAGUCAAUGGAUACCGAAUUCCCUCCAAGACUAAAGUUAUAAUCAACGCAUGGGCAGUAGGAAGAGAUCCAAAGUUUUGGAGUGAGGCUGAAACAUUUCAUCCCGAAAGAUUCUCCAACAAUUCCAUCGAUUUCAAAGGAACGGAUUUGAAUUUCAUUCCAUUUGGUGCAGGAAGAAGAAUGUGUCCAGGCAUUUCAUUUGCACUUCCUAACGUUGAGCUGCCUUUGGCAAAAUUGCUUUUCCAUUUUGAUUGGAAACUUCCUAAUGAAAUGAAGAAUGAAAAUUUAGAUAUGACUGAGGAUUUUGGUGUGACUAUGAGUAGGAAAAAUAAUUUAAUCUUAGUUCCAACCGAAUGCACUUUGGUCUGAAGUGUUAUUGGAAUUGGUCCUUUUAGGGUUGAAUGUACUCUUUUCCUCUAUAUAGAUUUAGAGAGGUUUUUAACGAGGCAUUAUUCCUAGUUAUUUAUUAAUAAAAGGACCUCUUGCUAAAAAAAAUGUUGUAGACACUUUAUACUUGUUAUGUAGGAUU